AUGUUUCACUUGAAGGUGAGACAUUUUUCUCCUGCAGCAGCAGCGGAUCAGUUCACGCUCAGCUAUAACAUUGAAUCCAGAGAUGGGGUGGACUUUCUGUAUCAUCUUGUUUCUGUAUGUGUCGGUGUGUGAGUGCCGGUCGCUGCCAGAUCCAGAUCCUCCGAUGCAUGGGGCGGUCCAGUCCCCCCAGUAUCCCCAGCCUUACUCUCCCAACCUGCAGGAGCAGUGGGACCUCAGUGUGCCCGAGGGCUACCAGAUCCAAAUCACCUUCACCCACCUGGACAUUGAGGCUUCUGCAGGCUGCCAUUACGACGCCCUCACAGUUCUCUAUGAUGCAAAGAUCCUGGAAAAGUUUUGUGGCAAUGAGAACUCGGCCGAUGGGCAUCACCCAGGUAACCAGCCCAUCCUGUCUCCAGGCAACAGAGUCACCCUGAUAUUCCAGACAGACAACAACAACCCAGAGCGCCAUCAGAAUGUGGGCUUCUCUGCACAGUACCAGGCGAUAGACAUUGAUGAGUGUUCUGCACCAGAACCUCAAAACGGUUCAGGUCCUCUCUGCUCUCAGAUCUGCCUCAACACCCUUGGCUCAUACCUCUGCUCCUGUCACCACGGAUACGAGCUUCGGCCAGACCAGCGCAGCUGUGUGUUAUCCUGCGGCAGCGGUAUAUUUGAUGAACUAGAGGGACAUCUGUUCAGUCCAGGAUACCCGAACCCCCCGCCUCAUGCUGUGUCCUGUCAGUACAUUAUUUCUGUAGAACCUGGCUUCACUGUCGCUCUUAACUUCACUGACAUCUUCCACAUCGAGAGCCUGCAAACUGAGCAAGGAUCAAACUGUCUCCAUCAUUGGUUGCAGGUGUCCAUCCCAGACAGAGAGCCCAUGAAGCUGUGUGGUGGAGAGAGUCCAGGUCUGAUAGUGACAAACUCCAACACUAUCAGACUGGACUACCACACUGAUGAUGAAGGCCUGAGCAAAGGCUGGAGCCUGGACUACAGCACUAACAGAGUAAAGUGUCCAUUUCCUGGUAAUGUGGUGAAAGGCAGGGUCACUCCUAGCAUGACCGAAUAUUUCUACAGAGACUACAUUUUUGUUCGCUGUGACCAAGGAUACAAGCUGAUGAUGGACGGUCAGGAGGUCCAGGGUUUCUCUACCAUGUGCCAAAGCAAUGCAAAGUGGCAUCUUCCUCUGCCAGCAUGCCACAUAAUUGAUUGUGGAGAACCUGAACCUUUGCUGAAUGGAGGGGUGACUUUCCUGUCUGGCCUUCAGAAUCAGUACGGUUCUGUUGUCCAGUAUCGCUGUAAUGAACCAUUUUACUCUCUCCUCGGGGGUAUAAAUGUUGUCUUUAUCUGUGAGGCCGACAGAAAGUGGAGGUCUAACAACGAAGUUGUUGUCAGUCCAACAUGCAUACCAGUCUGUGGCCAGCCCACAAAACUCAUCUCUGCCUAUCAAAGGAUCAUUGGAGGCCAUGAAGCUCCAGAGGACACCAUCCCCUGGCAAGUGCUUCUCAGUAUAGAUGGAGCCAGAGGAGGAGGCAUGGUGGUUGGAGACCGCUGGAUAAUGACUGCAGCUCAUAAUGUAGUGCAUGACGGAAAUCAAGUUUCAAAAGAGACUGUCCGAAUUUUCAUGGGACUUACUGACGCUAACACCCCGUUGGCCUCUCCUGUGUCUGCUGCCUCGAUCCACAGUCACCCUCAAUACGACAACCCCAACGACCUAGACUUCAACCAUGACAUUGCCUUGAUCAAAAUGCAAGACUCAGUCACAUUCAACUCAUCUAUUAUGCCAAUAUGUUUGCCAGCAGAGGGCGCCACAUACAUAACUGGCACGAUGGGACUGGUCUCAGGUUUUGGAAUAACUGAAAAACAGAUUUUGACAAAUAAGAUGAAGUAUGUGCAACUCCCUGUGGUGGCGCAGGAGACAUGCAGUGAUUCAAUCACCAUGUUGAAGAAGAAAAGCAACAAUAUACCAAGUCUGACAAAUAACAUGUUGUGUGCUGGAGUCCCUGAAGGGGGGAGGGACUCCUGCCAUGGGGACAGUGGAGGACCCUACGCCAUAAGAGAUGACGGACGGUUCUGGGCUGCUGGAAUCGUCAGCUGGGGGGUUGACUGCGGAAAGCAGGGAACAUAUGGAGUCUACACCAGAGUCACCAACUACGUGGACUGGAUCAACAAGACGAUGCAAGAGAACCACUUGAAGGUGAGACAUUUUCUCCUGCAGCAGCAGCGGAUCAGUUCACGCUCAGCUAUAACAUUGAAUCCAGAGAUGGGGUGGACUUUCUGUAUCAUCUUGUUUCUGUAUGUGUCGGUGUGUGAGUGCCGGUCGCUGCCAGAUCCAGAUCCUCCGAUGCAUGGGGCGGUCCAGUCCCCCCAGUAUCCCCAGCCUUACUCUCCCAACCUGCAGGAGCAGUGGGACCUCAGUGUGCCCGAGGGCUACCAGAUCCAAAUCACCUUCACACACCUGGACAUUGAGGCUUCUGCAGACUGCCAUUACGACGCCCUCACAGUUCUCUAUGAUGCAAAGAUCCUUGGAAAGUUUUGUGGCAAUGAGAACUCGGCCGAUGGGCAUCACCCAGGUAACCAGCCCAUCCUGUCUCCAGGCAACAGAGUCACCCUGAUAUUCCAGACGGACAACAACAACCCAGAGCGCCAUCAGAAUGUGGGCUUCUCUGCACAGUACCAGGCGUUAGACAUUGAUGAGUGUUCUGCGCCAGAACCUCAAGACGGUUCAGGUCCUCUCUGCUCUCAGAUCUGCUUCAACACCCUUGGCUCAUACCUCUGUGCCUGUCACCACGGAUACGAGCUUCGGACAGACCAGCGCAGCUGUGUGUUAUCCUGCGGCAGCGGUAUAUUUGAUGAACUAGAGGGACAUCUGUUCAGUCCAGGAUACCCGAAUCCCCCGCCUCAUGCUGUGUCCUGUCAGUACAUUAUUUCUGUAGAACCUGGCUUCACUGUCGCUCUUAACUUCACUGACAUCUUCCAAAUCGAGAGCCUGCAAACUGAGCAAGGCCAAAGCUGUCUCCAUCAUUGGUUGCAGGUGUCCAUCCCAGACAGAGAGCCCAUGAAGCUGUGUGGUGGAGAGAGUCCAGGUCUGAUAGUGACAAACUCCAACACUAUCAGACUGGACUACCACACUGAUGAUGAAGGCCUGAGCAAAGGCUGGAGCCUGGACUACAGCACUAACAGAGUAAAGUGUCCAUUUCCUGGUAAUGUGGUGAAAGGCAGGGUCACUCCUAGCAUGACCGAAUAUUUCUACAGAGACUACAUUUUUGUUCGCUGUGACCAAGGAUACAAGCUGAUGAUGGACGGUCAGGAGGUCCAGGGUUUCUCUACCAUGUGCCAAAGCAAUGCAAAGUGGCAUCUUCCUCUGCCAGCAUGCCACAUAAUUGAUUGUGGAGAACCUGAACCUUUGCUGAAUGGAGGGGUGACCUUCCUGUCUGGCCUUCAGAAUCAGUACGGUUCUGUUGUCCAGUAUCGCUGUAAUGAACCAUUUUACUCUCUCCUCGGGGGUAUAAAUGUUGACUUUACCUGUGAGGCCGACAGAAAGUGGAGGUCUAACAACGAAGUUGUUAUCAGUCCAACAUGCAUACCAGUCUGUGGCCAGCCCACAAAACUCAUCUCUGCCUAUCAAAGGAUCAUUGGAGGCCAUGAAGCUCCAGAGGACACCAUCCCCUGGCAAGUUCUACUGAGUGUAGAUGGAGCCAGAGGAGGAGGCAUGGUGGUUGGAGACCGCUGGAUAAUGACUGCAGCUCAUAAUGUAGUGCAUAAUGGAAUUCAAGUUUCAAAAGAGACUGUCCGAAUUUUCAUGGGACUUACUGACGCUAACACCCCGUUGGCCUCUCCUGUGUCUGCUGCCUCGAUCCACAGUCACCCUCAAUACGACAACCCCAACUUCCUAGACUUCAACCAUGACAUUGCCUUGAUCAAAAUGCAAGACUCAGUCACAUUCAACUCAUCUAUUAUGCCAAUAUGUUUGCCAGCAGAGGGCGCCACAUACAUAACUGGCACGAUGGGACUGGUCUCAGGUUUUGGAAUAACUGAAAAACGGAUUUUGACAAAUAAGAUGAAGUAUGUGCAACUCCCUGUGGUGAUGCAGCAGACAUGCAGUGAUUCAAUCACCACGUUGAAGAAGAAAAGGAACAAUGUACCAAAUCUGACAAAUAACAUGUUUUGUGCUGGAGUCCCUGAAGGGGGGAGGGACUCCUGCCAAGGGGACAGUGGAGGACCCUACGCCAUAAGAGAUGACGGACGGUUCUGGGCUGCUGGAAUCGUCAGCUGGGGGGUUGACUGCGGAAAGCAGGGAACAUAUGGAGUCUACACCAGAGUCACCAACUACAUGGACUGGAUCAACAAGACGAUGCAAGAGAACUGAAAUCUACAGUAAUUCAUUACAACUUGAUAAAAAUAGAGAACUAAUUUAGCUCCAAAUAAACUCUUUCUGCAGUGUUUAUGCAUUCAAUGUCACAAAAAGCUAUGAAAUUAGAGAAAAUUAUCCAGUACAAAUGAUAAGAACAAUUGAAAACUUCCUUAAACUACUAAAUGAAUGUAAUACUGAUUGUAAAGUCAUCACAUAUUAUUCACAUUUAACAAAAGCAUUUUUUGAAUAAAGUGAAAUUAAUACAAAA